AUGUCAAACAAUAAAGAAAUUUUAGAAUUAUUGCGUGGAUCUUUUGAUAGCAAUUCAGAAUCAGAUGCAGGAGAAGUGGUUUUCCCUGCAGUUAGAAAAAAAAGAUUUAGAAGGAGACAUAAAAAUAAUCAUUCGGUGCAAAAUGAAGAAACAUCAACCAUUGAUUGUCCCUGCAGGAUCAGAACAAUUAUUUUAAUAUUUAUUUGUAUUAUAUUAAUUUGCUGGUUAGUUAUAUUAACAUGGUUGACAUUGAUGCUUCAUGGUGAAAUUAAUCGGCUUAGUUCUCACGUGGCAAAAGAGUCAAUAAGAUUGAAGGACGUUAUAAAAAUCUUUAAUCACUAA